GUACGGGUAGCUGGGUAUCGGGUAGGGUACGGGUAUCGGCUACCUGAUUGCGACCUCUGCCCUGCAGGUGUCCCCCAUGAAGAACUGCCGCGAGCACUUCGUCCUGGGGGCGCUGGGCGGCCACCUGAUGUCCGCCGGCGGGCGCAACGAGCUGCGCCAAGUGUUGCCCACAGUGGAGCGCUACUCCCCCGGGGACGACUCGUGGACCUUCGUGCGCCCCUUCGACCGCUCGCUCUCCUGCCACGCCGGCUGCGUGGCGGACGGGCGCCUCUGGGUGUCGGGUGGCGUCACGAACACUGCCCAGUACCAGAACUCGCUGCUGGUUUACGACCCCGCGCUGGACGUGUGGUCCCCGUGCAGCGCGAUGCCCCAGCGGCGCGUCUACCACUCGAUGGCGGCCGUGUGCCGUCGGCUCUACGUGCUGGGGGGCAACGACCUGGACCACAACAACGACCGCGUCAUGGUGCGCCACAUCGACCGCUACAGCCUGGACACCGACCAGUGGACGCGCUGCACCGCCGCCCUCAGAAAAGGUCAGAAUGAAGCCGGAGUCGCAGUGCACGCUGGGAAAAUCUACCUGGUGGGCGGCUACUCCAUCGUCAUCAACGAGCCCCUCGCAUCGGUGCAGAUCCUGGACGUGUUUGCUGGACGGGGGGAUCAGGGUGACCAGGGCGGCGAGCGGCUGCUCACUGGGCCCGCUCUGCCCUUCGCCUCCAACGGCGUCGCCGCAUACUUCCUGCCCCGACCCAGCACCUGCAAACCCCACAGCUUGUGACGCGUUUGUCCGUCGGCCGUUCCUCGACGUUUCGCAGCACGCGCCCCGCUAAGGCUUCUCUCUCUGCGGGUAGCCUCAACUCCGUUCUACCCCGAAUCCUUCUCGGUACUCGAUGGAUAAAGCUUCCACCCCCACCCCCACACACCUGAGACACGCGUGGGCCUCGAAACGUCGGACCUCGUUGACGGAUGCGCAGACGCGUGGGGCGGCGGUGACGGACCCCCCCCCUCUGGACCCCCCCCCCCCAGUGCACCAAACCAGUGACCAGCCGCGUGGUGCAAUACGGUCAAAGCAACUCCCCAAAGGGCUGCACGUUACUAAUAAAAGAUCUUGGCGAGGAACGCUUUUAGCUUCACUUAUUACAUCAGCAUUGGGCGGUGCUUCGCCUUCCCCUGGUAGCUCCGUGGUGGAAAUUCCACGUUCCUGUGGCCGGGGUAGAGGGGGGCGGGGGGGGGAACCAGCGUCUCCUGAAUGAGUAAGCGAUUCCCUUAACCCCCCAUCGUACUUGAGCGAGACCCAGGCGGUAUUCGCCGUACGGUCAUCGAUUUUUAUUCCGAUUCCGUGCCGACGGCGUACGACGCGCACGCGGCCAUCGCAACGCAAACCAGAAGAAAAGAUUCGCAACAAUAACGAUGUGUUGGGCACAACGAGGCUCCCACCCGUGCCUCGCGGCAAGGGCAGCGCGUGGCAAUCUCCAUCUGUCGUGCACACGGGUACGUGCAGACCCACAGAGACGCACGGAGACACACAAAGUUGGGGCAAAUGCUGUUAGCGAGCAGCGACGAUGAGAUGACACCAGAGGUCGCAAACGGGUUUUGAUUCCUUACCCGUACCCGGCCGCACCAGGGUCGCAAACGGGUACCCGUACCCAUACCCGGCCGUACCCGUACCCUACCCGUACCCGGCUGGGUACGGGUAGGGUACGGGUAUUGGGUACCCGAUUGCGACCUCUGGGAUGAAGCCAUGUUGCAGGCGCGGGUGGGUUGAUACUAGGAACUUGAAUUGUGAGAAGAGACAAGACGUUGGGAAAUGAGUGACAAACAGUUACUCACCAGUGACUCACGGCCUACCCGUACCCGGCCGCACCAGGGUCGCAAACGGCUACCCGUACCUAGCCGGGUACGGGUAGCCGGGUAUCAGUCCAUUUCGUCAUUCGUUCGAAACUUUACGCGUCCGAUUGAAAUAAAUAAAUAAAACAUUAACCUGGGUCAAGCUCUUCGCGUUAGAAAGUGGAAAUGCAUAGCGGCCCAAACCCGUACUGUUCACGCCGUGUUCUUGCACGGGGAGAUUGCGUUCUUCAGGUCCACACGGCGCACAGCCGGUUCAAUACGGGCGACAAAGAAAUAAAAAUGUCUGUUUGUUUGUGUUUCUCCCUUGCGAUGGGACUUUGUAGGACAAACGUCGAGGUUUAUAAAGGGCACGGGGUGACCGAUAAGGUCUGAAUCGGUCCGUGGUAAGGUAGGGAGGGCAUUGAUCGGGGGUUGACAGGUAUGGAGACCCACAGAGACCCCCACAGAGACCCCCACAGAAAUCCAUAGCUGUCAACCCAUACGGUUUACCCUGUACUUUUGCACGGGGAAUUUGCGUUCUUCAGGUCCACACGGUGCACAGCCGUUUCAAUACGGGCGACAAGAACUAAUAAUGUUUUGGCGCCGGCUGUCGUAGAUUGGUGGCGGUCGUGCCGACACAGUUCUCCGCGGUGAGCAGCGACAUCUUUAAAAACGCCGCUGCUGCUGC